AUGGUGCUUCCCAUAGAAAUACCGCGCACUGCCGUGUUCGCCUUCUCGCCAGGAGCAGGCGCACCACUGGUCGUGACAGGCACACGAGCUGGCGCCGUCAACGAGGACUUCUCGAGCGAAGUCAAGGUCGAACUGUGGGAUCUGGGCCUGGACAAGCUCGACCACACCUCUGAGCUGACGCCAGCUGGCACAAUCACCACCGACUCGGGCUUCAACGACAUUGCCUGGAGUCGGCCUGACGAGGAUCACCCACUUGGUGUGAUAGCAGGAGCUUUGGAGAAUGGCUCUAUAGACCUUUGGGAUGCGCAGAAGCUGCGCAAUGGUUCCUCAGAUGCCUUCAUCUCUCGAACCACAAAACACAGUGGCAGUGCCAAAGCAUUGCAAUGGAACCCGUGGAGACACAAUCUGCUGGCAUCAGCCGGUGCAAAGGGCGAGAUCUUCAUCUACGAUCUAAACAACAUGGCCAACCCAUUCCGACUGGGGGCUUCAGCAGCAAGAGCAGACGAUAUUGAGUGUUUGGACUGGAACAAGCAGGAAAAGACAGCACACAUCUUAGCUACAGGCAGCAGCGGAGGCUUUGUCACAGUAUGGGACGUGAAGCAGAAGAAGGACAUUCUGACACUGAACAACCAAGGCCGGAAAGCGGUGAGUGCCGUCGCUUGGGACCCAGAAGAAAGCACGAAGCUUGCAACUGCCACACCGAACGACCAAGAUCCGCUGGUCUUCCUGUGGAGCCUGAGAAACAGCAGCGCUCCAGAGAGGACAUUGAAGGGCCACGAAUUGGGUGUGCUUGGCCUGGCGUGGUGUGUGCAGGAUCCAGAAUUGCUGUUGUCUUGCGGCAAGGAUAACCGCACCAUCUGUUGGAAUCCAAAGACUGGCGAGCGCUACAGCGACUUCGAAGCAGGCUCAAAUUGGGCUUUCCAGACGAGGUGGAAUCCGCACAACCCAAAUCUGCUCGCCAGUGCCUCUUUCGAUGGCAAGAUCCUCAUAACGUCCAUACAGAGUACGAACGCCAACAAGGACGAGCAGACCGCUGCCAAUCAAGCGCUUGACAGCGAGGACUUCUUCGCCAAGGCUCAGACUCAGCCACAAGGCAUCUCCUUCAGCCUUCCAAAGGCACCGAAGUGGCAAGCACGGCCUGCAAGCGUUGCAUUUGGCUUCGGUGGGAAGUUGGUCAAGGUGACCUCUGACGCAUCACGGAAGAGCAAGGUUGCCAUUGAGACAUUCUCCGCGGACAGCUCGAUCGGCGAGUCGGUCGGAAAGUUCGAAGAGAAACUGGGCAGCGGAGAUCUAGCAGCUAUCUGUGCAAGCAAGAUCGAAAAGGCGACGACCGAAGAGGGAAAGGCAGAUUGGCAGGUUAUUGAGACCCUCAAUGCCGGCAAGUCAAGGAAGAAGCUGAGGCAGUAUCUGGGCUUCGAAGACGAUGCGGACAACGAGCUGGCAAAGCAGACUGAGAAGCUCGAGAUUAAUGGCGACUCUGCGCCGGAGACCAAGGCUAACGGCACUGACGAUGACUUCUUCGGUGGAGGGGAGGAUGGCGACAACUUCCUGGCCGACUUGGCAGCCACGAAAGGCGCAAAGACGAACAAUCCAUUCCACAUCUACACCGGGUCAGAGUCCGAUGCAGACAAGAACAUCACCAAGGCAUUGAUGCUUGGCGACUUUGAGGCUGCUCUAGAUGCUUGCUUAAAGGAGGACCGCAUGUCAGAUGCUUUCAUGAUUGCUGUCUGUGGAGGUCAAAAGUGCAUCGACAAGGCUCAAAGUGCAUACCUGAAGAAGAAGGCCAAGGGACCGAAUUAUCUGCGUCUUCUGGCGAGCAUCGUGGGCAAGAACUUGUGGGACUUUGUGUACAAUGCAGACCUCAGUAAUUGGAAGGAGGUUAUGGCGACCUUGUGCACGUACGCCGACGAGAAAGAGUUCCCGGACCUGUGUGAGGCUCUUGGUGACCGCCUCGAGGAAGCAUACCAGACCGGUGACAGUCCAAAGACGUUGCGGCGAGAUGCCUCUUUCUGCUAUCUAGCGGGUGCCAAGCUAGAGAAAGUUGUCAACAACUGGGUCGAAGAACUGCAGGAGCACGAGAAAUCGAGCUUCGAGAAGUCUGACGCAGACAACAACUUCUCCGUUCACGCCAAAUGCUUGCAAGAGUUCAUCGAAAAGGUCUCUGUAUUCCGGAAGGUCACCAACUUCCGCGAUGCCGAUCUGCAAGCAACCGCAGACUGGAAGCUUGCACCACUCUACAGCCUGUACUCCGAGUAUGCUGACAUCCUCGCCUCUCACGGACAGCUCACGAGUGCAGAGCGCUACCUCGAACUCCUGCCGGGCAAGUUCAAUGGAGCAGAGAACGCUCAACAAAGGAUCCGACAGGCCACCAGGAAAGCAGUAGCAAGCACCCAAGCUCGAUCGGCAGCCGCAAAUCGCAUUCCUGCUAGAGUGGCACCAGUAACGGUACAGCCGUUCACGCCACAGGCGCCUGCAGCAUCGAUUCCGGCCGCGCAGCCCCUGAUCAACCAGGCACGGAACCCUGUCGCGUCGCCAUAUGCUCCUACGGGGAUGAGCACGCCAGCACAAAAUGCUCCUGGAAGUUAUGCGCCACCAAACAGUGCAUACGCGCCGAGCGGCUACCAGGCACCUCAACCUGGUCCAUACGGGCAGUCAACACCUUAUGGCGGCUACCAGCCACCACAGCAGGCUCCAUUAGGUGCGCCUCCACGAGCAGGAACAGCCUCGCCCUCGGUACCACCGCCGUCCGCCGCAAAGACAAUGAAUCAAUGGAACGACCUGCCUGAGAAUUUUGCAAAGACACGCCCAGCCAACUCGAGACGUAGCACGCCUGGGCCGCAAGCUGUCAACUCGCCAUUUCCCAAUGCGGCGCCGAACGCCAUGUCACCCCCGCCAGCUGGACCACCCUCGGCGUAUGCAUUCCAGAAGCCCACGCCGCCUCUUCCACCCCCACCCAAAGCCGGUGAAGCACCGUUCAGAGUAGCCUCCCCAUCGAUAGCUCCACCGCAAGGCGUCCAGCGACCACCGUCCUCUGUAGCGAGCGCAUACGCACCUUCGCCUCAGACGUCGCAGCCAGUGGGCUCCACUCUUCCACCACCAUCACAAGCUCCUGUGUCUCGUGGUGCAUCGCCUUAUCAGCCUCCACCAUCGACCUCCAGCGCGGCACCAUCAAGUAGAUAUGCUCCAGCUCCUGGGGCACAGUCGACUCCAGGACCUGGUGCUAUGCCGCCACAGCGUAACGUUGCGCCAAAUCCGUACCAGACUCAGCAACAGCCAGGUCAGUUUACGCCACAACCGCCCCAAUCGUCACCGUAUGGUCAAACACCGCAAGCUCAAGGCCCACCACCACGCGCUGGGCCCCCUCCUGGUGGUCCACCUCGAGGUCCCCCUCAGAACAAUUCCGCACCGCCGCCACAAGGUCCUCCUCGAGGUGGUCCGGCUCCUCCCGCCCAGGAAUUGCCACAGUCAAUUGGUCAAGCUCCGUCCAACGAUGCCGAUUCACAACCACCGCCGCCUCCAGCCAAGGCGAGACAUCCACGAGGUGAUCGAUCACACAUGCCCUCCACCGCGCAGCCAAUCUAUGACCUCUUGACACCUGAAGUCGCACGCAUCAAGUCUCUCGCACCACAAACAUUCAAACCACAAGUCGAGGAUAUGGACAAGCGGAUCAACAUACUGUUCGACCAUUUGAACAACGAAGAGCUACUCCAGCCCGACACUAUCCAGCAGAUGGUCGAGAUUUCACAACACAUUCAAGCCAAGGAAUGGGACCAAGCACAGGUGCUGUUUGCGGACAUGCAGUCGGCGAAGCUGGAGACUGAGGGUACACAUUGGAUGGUUGGUGUGAAGCGUUUGAUCGCCAUCGGACGUGCGACUCGAGCAUAG